AGAAACAUAAAAAAUAAAAAUAAAAAAAUAUUGUAUUAUGUUGCAGGCAGUGAUAAUUUUAGUUGUUUAAAUAAUAUUGAAUUUGGAUUUCGUGUGGGUUCAUUGGAACUUUUGGCAUGCCCAUGCUUUGGAAAGUGGUGGCCUCUCCUUCUCCCAAACUGUUACUUAAAACAAAAAGAAAGGAUGUAUUUUCUUUUAAAUUUUCAUAUUAAUUGUUAUGCCUGCGUUAUAUGUAAGGAAAUUUGCUAAAUUUGUCAAUUCACUGUAAUAAAACCUUAUAUUUGCAUUUUGUUUGAUAUCAUAUAUAUACAAUUUUGAAGGUGUCAAUUGACAUCUUGCAUUAGGCACUAAUUCUUGUCCAUUAGAUCGAUGUUUUCCCUUGUUUUUAUUUUUGUACAAAGUCCCCUUCAACGGUAAUGAUAAUAUUAUAUUUGUUUCUCAAUGCGUUGAACCUCUCGAAUGUGUUUCACUUGAUCCCAUUUUUAUAUGCAGGAAACAAGGUUAAUUUCUGGGGCAUAUAAAGUUAAAGUUUAUUGUGAGUUUUAUUAAAAGGCCAUUUCGAGGAGCACCAAAGUCUUGGCAUACUAGUGACUUCUGCGUUAGUGUUCAAUAUAUUGCAUGUCAAUUACUUUUGGAACUAUCAUGACUCCUCAUCCAAGAGUUAUUAAGGCUUAUAAUGCUAUGAGGCCCUUAGGAGUUUCUGAUGAAGAGGUGAAACCAGUGUUGAAAAAAUUGUUAAAAUUGUACGACAAAAAGUGGGAACUUAUUGAAGAAGACAAUUAUCGGACGCUUAUAGACGCAUACUUUGAGUUAAAAGAAGAUAAGAAAGCCGAAGGUAAGAGAAAAGCUCCAAUCAGUUAUCAUAAUGGGGAAAGACCGAAACAAAAACUGCACUUGCUAGACGCAGAUGACCAGGUUUCAUCAACUGACAAUUCAAGACAAGUAUUGUCUAUAGAAGACACUGAAAUACCUCCCCAGACUUUUAAACAGGAAAACAUUAAACCAUCUCAAACUUCCACAAGAGAUAUGAAGCCCACCACCAGUUCAAAAGUAUUGCAGACAACUUUGAGUGAUGAAGAAAGGUUCUCAAGUUUACCUUCCAUGGCUGCUAGAGAUAGAAAAUAUUAUCCUGAGAAAGCAUCAUCUGCAGGGCAUUGUGAAGAUCCAAUUAAUGAAGCUGGCAAUUCUCAUGUCAAGAGGAAAAAUAUAUCAAAUGUUCUGUAUCAGAAGGAGCUUAUGACACCAAGAACUGAGAAACCCAAAUUACAUCUUGGACCUAGUUCCAUAAGUUACAAUGGCUCAUCCAAUGCUUUAAAAGGAAAUCUUCGUGCCAAAUCUAUGUCAGCUCUGUAUCAGAAUAUGCACAAGAUAGAUGAUAGCCCAGCAUGCAAUAAUAACACCAGGACUUAUAAGGGUAAUAUUGAUAUUGCUUCUACAUCUUUAGGAGAAGUUAAAAUUUCUUUAAACCGUGAUGCAGCCUUGGGACAACCAAACUUCCGUAUUCCUGAUUUGGAUGCUGUUAUGAAGUCCCUAGAGGAGAAAUACCUGAGCUCUUACAAGACUGUUGAGCCCAAAUCAUCUAUGGUGAAGCUAUUAGACGAUUUGUGUGAAAUUUAUUUGAAGAUGGGCUUGAAUUUAAAUCCUCAGUAUGGCAAUUCACAUAACGCGACAUGUCUGCCACAGCAAGCUGUUGCUAACGACGAAAAGAAUUCCUUUCAUUUUCUCACUGACAUAUCCAAAGGUUCAGAGAAUGUUAAAAUAUCAUUAUUAGACGAAACUGGAAGUGAGGACUUACCAAAGUUCAAUUACAUACCAUAUAAUAUAAUAUAUCAAAGUGCUAAUGUAAAUAUUUCAUUUGCUCGUGUUGCGGAUGAUGGUUGCUGUGCUGAUUGUUCCGGCGACUGUCUUUCCUUAUCAUUUCCUUGUGCAUGUUCUCAAGAGACAGGUGGAGAGUUUGCUUACACUACAGAAGGUUUGUUGAAAGAAGAGUUUUUAGCAGUUUGCAUGUCUAUGAAAAUGGAACCUCAAGAAGAUCAUUUUGUGUAUUGUCAAGAAUGUCCACUAGAGAGGUCUAGGAAUGACACCAUGCCCGAACCAUGCAAGGGGCAUUUGGUUAGGAAAUUUAUCAAGGAAUGCUGGAGAAAAUGUGGAUGUGACAUGCAGUGUGGAAAUCGGGUAGUGCAACGAGGUUUAAGAUGUAAAUUGCAGGUGUUUUUGACUCGAGAAGGAAAAGGAUGGGGCCUCAGAACCCUAGAAGAUUUGCCCAAGGGUAGCUUUGUAUGUGAAUAUGCUGGGGAAAUUUUAACCAAUACAGAAUUAUAUGACAGAACAAUGCAGAACAGCGGCAAUGACAGACACACAUAUCCUGUAACCCUUGAUGCAGACUGGGGAUCGGAAGGGGUGUUGAAGGAUGAGGAGGCGCUGUGCUUAGAUGCAACAUAUAAUGGAAAUGUUGCAAGGUUUAUCAAUCAUAGAUGCUCUGAUGCAAAUCUCAUAGACAUCCCUGUUGAAGUGGAGACUCCUGAUCGUCACUAUUAUCAUCUUGCCCUCUUUACAAACAGAAAUGUAAAUGCAUACGAGGAGUUGACAUGGGAUUAUGGUAUUGACUUUGAUGAUCAUGACCAUCCUAUUAAAGCAUUUCGAUGUUGCUGUGGAAGUACCUUCUGCCGUGAUAAGAAACAAAAAGGCACUAGAUCAUUGAAAACAAAAAAAUCAGGGACACAUGCACACAAACGGAGUAGUUGAAAUUUUUAGUGUUCGUUGUCUUUUUUCAGACAGCACGUAUUUGCUGAAAAUUGGCAAUAAAUGUUUUCAAACUGUUUAUUAUGCUUGGUGAUGCAGUGAAUGGCAGUUAUAUAUACAGAUGAUUCUUUGUGACAUUUAUGAAUGAGCUUUUUUUCGUGAUU